AUGAACGCGCCGCACCCCAACCAUCAGAGUGGGCGUGGCGUUUGUGGGUGUCAAACGCCCAGUCGUGAUUUGAUUGGAGAGUUACUUCCUGGAGGCGGGAACGUUCUGCUGGAAGGCACGUUUUGAUUGGUUUCCAAGGUGGAGAGUCAAAAGGGCGGAUGAAGUUGCUCGGGGUGGCAGGUGUUGUGGGCAGGGCUGCUCCAGCUGCAACUUACAGUCUUUUUAAUACAGUCUGUUUUAUUUGGAAACUUUCUGGUUUAAUGCAAUGCAGUAUAAAACUACUGAAUUAUUUCAAGGGAUCAAUCAAAUGCAUACUGACCAGGAGGUGAGUGAUUCAAUGUAUCUAAAGAUUUAUUACAUAGAAAGAGUAGCAAGUCAGAAUGUGUAUGUGUUCUAUGGGUGCAUGCAAAAAAAUUAAUAAUAUAUACAUAUGUAUUUAUUUGAGAUAUUGUGAUUUUAGAACACUUCAAUCAAUAUAUAAUGUGUCUUUAUGUAUGGGAGUGGGGAAAUAAUAUACAUAUUUUAUAUUGUGAAUGUAGAAUAUUUUAAUGUGUUUUUUGCUUAUGGGAAAAUAUAUUUUUUAUAUAUAUAUAUAUAUAUAUAUAUAUAUAAUAUUAUUUUUUCUAAAAUCACAAAGGAUUGCUUAGAUUUUAAUAUUAUGGAAUUCACCAGGGAAUUGUACAUUAAAGUGUAAAAUAACUUAACUGGCAAACUGUUUCUGAUUUUGAUCCAUAUUUAUUUAUUUAUUCAUUUUGACCUGACACUUUAAAUACCACGAUUCCCUGAUAAUUUCACGUUUUAGGAAAUCAUUUAUGUGUAUUAUUUUUCCAUAUGAAUCCCAAGGCUAGCAUUACAUCUGAUCAAUAAAUUGACAAUACACCUGAUCAAUAAAUUGACAAUACACCUGAUCAAUAAAUUGACAAUACACCUAUAAGAUAAAAAGCAGCAUGCACAGUUUUCAUGUGGGUUUUAAUAUGGUGUCAGCAUUGAAAUACUGGAGUAGUGGGGAUACAUGUAGAAAUUGUUUGUUUGUAGGGUGGGGUUCUGUAUAAUUUCUCUUAUUUAUAAAUAGAUGUAAAUGCAUGUUGUGACCUACUGUACUUAUAAAGCUAGCUAUUAUUCUACAUAGGGAAAGGAAUUUAAUUCCCAUGUGACAUGGCCCCUCAAGCUGGAUAAACAUAGAUCUUCAUCCUGAAGAUGUUGAGGAGCCCAUCCAUGCUGUGCGUGCCCAGCUCCAUGCAGAGGAAUGCAUACUCUUCCAGAUGAGCGCAUUGAAACGAAAGCACUUACAGUGAGUAUCCAGUGUCAGACCAGAUCUGCAAUCUUGCUGUGAAUACUCCCCUAAUAAGACUUCUCAUAUUCUAUGGAAUGAAAAUUGAUUCUCUCCGUCAUCAUGGGAUCUCAUUGCAUGUACAUAGCCAUCUGUAUGAUGAAUUACUAUAUAUAUAUAUAUAUAUAUAUAUAUAUAUAUAUAUAAUUUACACAAGAUCCGGCGCACUCACCUAUCCACUAAACAGCAACUUCAAUGUUGAAAGAUUUUAUUUGUUUCUUUAAAAAACACCUAAUCUAGGCAAAUAUAUAUUCCUCAAAGAAAAGGAUUUGCACUCUCUCAGGUUUUCCAAAAAUCAACAAAUGAUUUUUUUUCUCAACGAUGGCUAGAAUAGAAUUAGUGGUGACAAUAGUAUUAACUUACACAGAGUAUGUACUAUAUUGUAACACCAAAACAGACCGUGCUAUCACCAAAGUGUACCUCACUUACACGUAUAGAUAAACAACAAAUACAAAACGAUUUAUACAGCCCCAAAGUGAAGUAUAAACUAGGAAUGGGAUAGCACACCAGAUAUAGAGGAUACAACCUGUACAACAGGAGGUGAUCUAUCGGAGAUCUAGAAAUAUAAAAUCAUAAAUAGUGAAGUAUACAAAGUAGGGUGACUAAAUUCAGCACUUACAAAAAACUAUAGUGUUCUGCGCCUAUCUCCCCUCUGGGGUAUGUAGAAGGUGAUAGAAUCCUUCUUGUAAGAUAAAUCCUCGAGGGGGAAAUAAGAAAAAAAAUAGCAGAUAGGGUAGUACUGUUAAAAGGUAACAACAUUUAUUGCACUUACAUCAAUGCUGUAAUCAGCUAGCAUAUCUCCACUAGCAAGUGGAACAAGGUGGUGUGUUCAUCUGUGCAAAGUGGAGUGGUAGUGGGAUCCAGCAAAGUGGUAUAUAAUAAUAAAACAUGAAUAAACCUGGAAGUAAAAGUCUAUAUGAAUCCAACGCGUUUUGUCAAGGUAUGACUUCCUCAGGGAUAGUAUAAACUUAACUCAUUUUAGAGUGGUAGUGCCUCCUGAUACUGCAUAAAUAUCACUAAUCCAGACAUUAUGUAGAACUAACAAUAGGUAAGCUGGAACAAACAACCAAAUAGCCAACUCUUUCUUUUCUAAAGUGUGUCAUUACCUUGAUUUUCAGAGAUUCCUGGUUUACUGCUGAACUCCAAAAGGGUAGUUUAGUGCCAAUAAAAUUUUUCCUGUUUAGUUCCAAUUCUCUAUUUAGGCUUGCAUUGUAAAUGGUCACGUAGUAAGCUGUGUUGAGUUUUUUUAUUAUCUUAAAACAAGUUUUAGAUUUAUGGCUUGAUUUCUGCUGCAUGGUAAAACGGAUGUCGGAGUUGGUAAGCUGAAUUGAAAUUGAAACCAGUGAGUUUUGUAGAAGACUGACAGUGUUUUUUUUUUGUUUUUUUUUGUUGCUAGACUGAGAAUUCAUCAAGGAUUUGCGAAUUCGGGCUGAAUAGGAAAUAUUCUCCAAGCCUUUUCUAGUGUGCUCUCUCAAACAUCUCAACAUUUUAAAUGGCCAUAUAUUGCAUCUGAUUUGUUUGUAACUGCAAAAGGUAGAAAAUUAAAAAGACCUGUAUGUCAGGGCUGCCCCCCCUCCUGCCAUCCUCCUCCCCACACACACCAGCCUCAGCCAGCAAGUCACCCACCUGAAGACAACAGAUAUGCUAAUAGGAGGGUGACUGCAAAUAUAAAAAAUGGUGGGUGUGUGUGCGCGUGUUUUGAGAUUCCUUGCCUGGGAGGGCAGGAUCCAGGGGGCCCAAGUAAAUUCUUGCCCAGAGUCCAAUCAAUAUUAAAGACUGCCCUGAUGUGUUUGUAUAUAUGAUGUGAAGUGCUUUUUCAACUGUUAUUGAGAAAAUCUCUCCAAUGUGAGCCAAUGAUGUGUGCAAAUACACCAUACACCUGCUUUUGGCUUUUGUUUAAUAUAGUGGGAAGCACUAUACUGAGGACUACUUGUACAUUACUAGUGGGGAGCUGGUUUUGGGGUCUGCAUAUUUACACACUACCAGUGAUAUCCAUACUUCGUGUGAAAAGGUGUCUCAAAUUUGUCUUUGAUGGCAAAAUAGCUUUGGGUUCUGUGUAGCCACCCACACUUUUUUCCUUACUGUGUCUAGUAAAGAGUCCCCCAGUCUACAGGGUGCGUGUUCUGCCUUCUGUGAGAUCAUGAUUGAUUAUCUCUAUCCAGUACUUCACAUAUGGAUGCACUGGGAAGAAAGGGCAAUUGCUAAAUUCUACCAAUGCUUCUCUAUGAGAAGCAUCACCUGUGUUCAACCUCCUCAUGUUGGAGGGGAUGACUCUGAAUGUGAAGACUUUCGAAGUAGCUCUCAGUCUGACCGUCAGUAGAGACUUAAGGGACGGAAUCUAUGCAAAAAAAGAAGAGAAGUUUUGGUGAUCAGAGUAUCCUUUUAAAGGUGCACUCCACAGGAAAAUUGUUAAAAUAAAAUAUUUAGUAAAUAUAACCCCAUUGAAAAGGUGAAUUUAGUGAUGCAUAUUUUAUUGAGGGUAUAUCUAAAAAGAGCUUUCAAAGCUGCAAUUCUUGUACCUACAGACUUUACAAACCGUCUUUUUUUUUUUUUUCUCUCCCAGCAUAGACUCAUUAAGAAGCGUCUGA